AUUACUACGACAUGCCACAAUAUGUACUAUCCUCUGAACACACAGACGGUCAAGGACACAUCCUGACCGUUUUCCCUUCAUAACUACACAUUAGACGAGGUCAUAGUGCCGAAUCUUUCUUCACCAUCAUUACCUCCAGCCAUUCCAUCCGAACAACAAGCAUCGAUAUCAACACCGGCCCUAUCAGUCCUCCAGUCCAUACUAUCGUCUAGUGACAACCACCCAACCCAGAUCUGUCCACAAACAUCGAUCGUUUAAACAUGGUCAUCAUGUCUACCGCCUUACAAAGAAACUGGCAAAUGAUGAAGCAGGACUGGCCCUUGGUGUCGACCGCAGUGCUCUGCAAUCCCGUCUUGGUUCUUCAUGCUAUGAACGGCCUACUCAGCUAUCUCGACCCGGCUGGCAUGAGUAACCCUCUCUUCAACACGCGGGUCAAUCCUCAUCUCGAUGUUCAUGCCGACGAAAACUUUACAAGAGUCUUUACUGCCGUCAUAGUAAUGGCGCAAUUGGCAGCAUAUCGCUCGUUUCGAAACGAUAACCGGAGUCAUAAGAGUGGAAACGUUCCUCAACUACUUGACAUGAAUUGA